UCAUGGUAAACAGGUAUUGUUGGCCUUAUUAGGAAAUAGUAUGUUCAUGGCAUGUUUUACAGCACUGGUCCUAGACAAUGUUAUUCCAGGAACAGAUCAUGAGAGGGGUAUCUUAUCAUGGCGAGAAUUGACCAAAGAACAUCUAGAUGACAAAGAAAACUUUUCGUUACGAACAUAUGACCUUCCUUUUGGUAUGUCAAAAAUUAAAUCUUGGAGUUGGGCCAGAUAUAUUCCUUUUUCUCCAACAUUUACAGAAGACAAGUGUGGUCCUUGUACUAAAUCUACAGGAAUAGAGUCUAUUGGAGAGGAGGUGGAUAUUAUUCUAAGUGAUAACUGUGGCCAUGUAUAGUAAUUGUAAUAGAUUAGCGAGGAUCAUGUCAACAAUCAUAAAAGACAAUGGCAUUUUUAAUAAUAAUUUUGCUUGAGUGGAGAAUUGUUGACAGAAAAGAGAAUACAAUGUAGUUUCAUUCUAUGAGGUGUGUAUAGAGAUUUUUUUCUUUUUCUUUGUUGAUAUUAUUAAAAAUGCUUAAAUGCAGAAGUACAAAUUU